UCUGGGGUGCCUGGUGCUUUGACAUCUUGUCUCCAUGGCAGUGGUCAGCUGGCAAGGCUGAGAAAGAGGCCCUGUUCACUGACCGGGUGAAUCCCGGCCAGCGGGUGGGCUGGGAGCGGCGGCAGGCAGAGCAGCUGCUGCAGCAGGCAGCAAAGAGGCAAAAUGGCUUUGGCUCUCCUCUUGGCAGCAGUCCUGGGACUUCUUAUUGUCAAGGCUGUUUUGUUUCAGCUGAGAAACCCGAGCUCCCCGCCUUGCAUCAGGAGCUGGAUCCCUUGGUUUGGAGCUGCGUUUCAGUUCGGGAAAGCUCCUCUGGAGUUUAUAGAGGAAGCCAGAAGGAAGCAUGGGCCUGUAUUCACAAUAUUCGCUCUGGGAAAACGAUUUACUUUUGUGACUGAGGAGGAAGGAGCUGAAGCAUUUUUUAAAUCCAAAGACUUAAAUUUUGAACAGGCAGUACAACGAGCUGUAGAGAAUGCAGUUUCUGUCCCUGCAGAAGCAUUUUUUCAGAACCAUGGUAACCUCUACAGCAUGAUGAAGGGAAAAAUGGGGCCUUCUAAUCUGCACAUGUUCACAGGCACUUUGUGUAAGGAACUACAGGAGCACAUGGCACACCUGGGCAUGGAAGGCACAGGAGACCUCAAUGACCUGGUAAGGCAUGUCAUGUAUCCAGCAGUGGUGAACACUUUGUUUGGGAAAGGCAUCUGCCCAACAAGUCAGAGUGAAAUCAAGGAGUUUGAAGAACAUUUUCAGAAGUAUGAUGAGGACUUUGAAUAUGCUUCUCAGAUGCCCGAGUACUUCCUGAGGAAGUGGUCUAAAUCAAAAAAAUGGCUUCUAAAAUUAUUUGAGAAAGUAGUGUCAGAUGCUGAAAGGACCAACCCUUCAGAGACCACAUCCAAGACACUACUGCAACAUCUCCUGGAUAACCUGCAAGGAAAACAUCUAGCUCCCAAUUAUGGUCUCCUAAUGCUCUGGGCUUCCCAAGCAAAUGCUGUCCCUGUUGCAUUCUGGACACUUGUUUUCAUACUCUCUUAUCCUUCCAUUCACAAGAAAAUCAUGGAAGACCUGGCUUCUGUUUUUGGCAAAGCAGGUAAAGAUAAAAUAGAAGUCUCUGAAGAGGACCUUAAGAAGCUUCCUUUUAUUAAAUGGUGCACUUUGGAAGCCAUACGGCUGAGGUCUCCAGGUGCCAUCACCAAGAAAGUAGUAAACCCAAUAAGAAUACAGAAUUUCACCAUCCCUGCGGGUGACAUGCUGAUGUUGUCACCAUAUUGGUUGCACAGGAAUCCAAAAUAUUUUCCUGACCCAGACAUGUUCAAACCAUUUCUUCCCACAGGAUCGUUGGAAAGAGGCAAAUUUAGAGAAGAAUGCUUUCUUGGACAGCUUUGUGGCAUUUGGAGGAGGAAAGCAUCAGUGUCCAGGAAGGUGGUUUGCUGUCAUGGAAAUCCAGUUGUUCGUUGUGUUAUUCCUAUACAAAUAUGAAUUUGUGCUGUUGGAUGCAGUACCAAAGGAGAGCCCUUUACAUUUGGUGGGGACACAGCAACCCAUGGCACCGUUCCGGGUCCAGUAUAAAUGCCGGGAAUGAAAGCUGCCCAGCACUGGCUCACCUUCCUUUGCCAGCCACCACUGGAUGGAUGGGCCACUGAGCUGCUUCCCUUUCCUACAGCUUCAGAUAUGUUCUCUGCCUUGACAGUUCUUAAUUUCAGGUUUCAAUGCUGUACAUGCUCAGUGUUGUGGUCUGCCAUACCAAUAUAGACAUAUCUAUGCUCUUCACCCCAUUCCCUACCUCCCAGCAUUUAAAAAUCAAGCUCUCCCACUGCAUUAAUAAUCUGUGGGGCAGUUAUUCACAGACUUUGCAAAUCUGAUAUGCUGAACUUACCAACUAGGUAUUCAGGACAAAAAGCUGACAUGUUUGGAAAUCCUGCAUGGAAGUUGUGCUAGAAUCAGUGGAAAAGCAGGUUCCUUGGGCCAGGUCACUGCUUCCUGCAGGUCUUUAUGAACUAGGACCAAGGUGGUGCCUUGUGGUAGCUGCAUACAGGUCCCUGGUGCUGGGACAAAAUACAGGGCACUGCUGAGCAGAGACCUCUGGAUCAGAUCUGCACCUACAAUAAACUUCUGUAUCACUGCCUGUGUAGGUAGGUGAAGAUCUGGCCUGCUCUGCCUACAAAGGAUGCCAGCUUUUGGCAAAUAAAAUGCCUUUGUAAUGGAAAAAUUGAAAGCAGGCUUAACACUGAGGUCUUGUUCCACUGCAGCACCUAACAUUUCUACUGAGCUUUAUUUACUCCAAAGGAUUCAGAAUCAGUCCCUGCAUGAAUAUGCAGUGAGAGUUUGAUCCUGAUGUUUGGCUUCCAGUGAAAAGCAAUUGCAAGAAAAAACUGUUGCUAUUCAUUAGACUGGUAGUCUAACCUGAAACACUUUUGCUUUUCCUUUAGCAUGACUUACUUAAUAGAACAAAUUGCACAAAUCUAAAAAUAUUUAAUCCUAUAAAGAAUACCCAGUAAAAGAUGCUCAAAGAAGCUGUCAAGUAAGUUCAGAUACCAACAUUUUAACUGCUGUCAGAUUUCAUAUACAAUAAUAGCUGGCAUGUAUUUUUAGUCUUUUAAGUAAAGAUUAUUAAUCAUUUUAGAAGUAUUUGCAAAAAAACCAUAAAUGGACAUUCAACAACAGCAAAAAGUAUGGGAAUAACAUACACAGGAAAAUAAUACAUUGUAUGGUUGGUUUACCUCAGUUAUGGAUACAACAAUUUAACAAACUUUGAUGAUUUAUAUGGCUGGAAAAUGAUUCAUCCAACUUCCAAUUUAGCUCAUAAAGGUUAGCUCUGCAAGUGCUGCACUCUUAGCUGCUAUUUCAGAAUCUCUUCCAUAACUGAAACCUUUGGUUUUCAUGUGUGGUUAUUAUCCAAAAGUGAAUAUUUUAAUUUUAAAAUUUGGAAAGGUCCACAAUAUCUGUUCAGGUAUCUGGUAGGUUUGCAAAAAUAUUUUUUCUCCCAAUAUGCAUUUCUUUUUUAUUUUUCUGUUUCAUUAUUUUUGUGUUUUGGGGCCUUUUUGUGUGUGUCUGGUUUUGUUUUGGUUGUUUGCUUUUUUUUUUUUUCCCAGGAGAGGUAACUCAAAAAUCAAAAUUCCAUAGUGGCAAACUUGACUUUAAACUAAAAAGGUCCCUAAAGGAAAGUAUAACCUGAAGGUCAGCAUCAGUUUGGACCUGUUGUGGGAUGCAGGGGAGGAGCAGCUUGCAGUUGAACAAGAUUUCUUACAGGAUUUUUAGGGGAGGAAGCAAAGAUGGGGAAAGGGCAGGACCAAGGUGGGUUGGUGAGAAACAAACAUGGAAAAAAGAGGGAUAAGGGGAUAACAGAGGUUAGUUGCAUGUAAAAAAACAGCUGAUCAGUCUGCUUGCCUGGCUGUGCCCUGUGCCUGAUCAGUGCAGUCUCUCCUGUCUUCUUCUUACUCUCCAUUUUCAAAUAUUUUCUUGUGUGAUGGUCUCUCUUGUGUGUGCAGGUGUGGGUAUGGGGGUCUAAGUGCAGCAACUGGGGUGGGGCCAUGGGUCACAGAGCUCCCGGGUCUGUGGUGCCAGCAGCUGGACAGAGGGUGGGUGUGGUAAUGUGUGUGUGUGCUAUGUCAGUGUGUGAUGGGUAGUGAACACCCAGCCAGGCUAGCUGAGGAGUGGGUGAAGUGUGUGACUCGUAGGGGGAGGCGCCUGGGGGAGCUGGCUGCUGGAGGGAUCAAGGACAUCAGACCAGCUGCUGGAGAGAGCCCAUGGGCUCUGGGGAUUGACCAAGCCCCCCCUGUACGUGUCUGUGGGCAUGUAUGUCUCUGGGCAGGAGGCAGCUGGGGAGAGCGAGGACUCAGGACCAGUUACUGCAGGGAUCCAUAGUGCAUCUAUGUGUAUUUUUAUGUGUAUUCCAUGCUCACAGACUUUCACCUUGAUCUGCUAGAGAGGGAAGCAGGAUGAAGCUGUUGGUGCUACUUGUGUGAGUGCUGAGUGCUCCUGUCUGUGUUGCCCCCCUGGCCAGUGGGGCCAUCAGUGCAUACACAUGUAGGAGCCUGCUGGGAACCCAGGCACAGCUUCACCGCCAGCUGGACCCAGGGGUGUGGAGCCAAGGCAACCUCACCUCUGCCUGGCUACUGGAGUUAGCAACUCCCUAGCAGGCUAGAAUCAGUCAGAAAAAUUUGUCCUGAAAAGCAGGACAUAUUUUUAUCAACGUGUAGGCUUUUGGCAGGAAAGAAGUACCUGUUCUUGACAGCCAGAGAGAUAAUAAACAGAAGUGGGCUUGGGAUCUCAUCGCUGUGUGACUGCCCUGUGACAGCUCCAUGCACUUGCCAUACUUUCCUAGGUGGAAAAAAACCAAGGGAGGUGGAUUAGUAAAGCAAUGUGGUGGUCAAGUGAUAGAGCUAAAUGGGGUCUUCUACCUGGAAAUAAUUGAGAAGCUCCUGGGGGACAGAAAGGCAGCACUUUUCCACUGGGACAGGGUGAAACAGCUAUUAAAAGGUCAUCGUCAUACCCUGCUCAGGAGUGGAUUAACAGUAUCUAAAUUAUUCUUCAAGUGUUUGGCCAGUCUGCUUUUAAAUACAGCAGUGCUGAAUUUCCAUGGGGCAUUUGCUCUCUUACCUGACUCUCCCUACUGUUGGAAAGCUAUUUCCAUGUAUCAGGAGGAGGAGUCAGAAUAAGGUUUUAUUCACACUACCACCACAAGGACAGUAUCUCCUCUCCACAAGCAGGAGAUUUUUAACCAAAAGAGAAAAAAAAAUACUCCUGUGUUUUGACCUAUCUUUGUAUUUCUACCUUCUGGGUGAAGUAUGGAUGUUAAAGGGAAUGCAGUGGGGCAUCCCUUGAAAACAAUCUUAGAAAAAGCAGUUGUUCUUCCUCCAGGCAUGUCAUAGGCGAGGUCUAUCUGAGAAAAACCCACGUUUUGAGCUGGCCAGACCUGUAUGUUGGUAUUAAUUUCUACUGGGAUAAGUAAUUCCCAUAUCUAAGCCAGGGAAACAAACAGUAGGAGGGUUCUUAAGAAGAGAGAGGAAAUCUAGAGUUAUGAGAAAUGAGCAGUAAAACUCUCUUAAAUCAAAUUUUCUUCGAUAAUUUUUGAACUUUAUUGUCUAUUAAAUAAGAGUUUCAGGAAAACAAAACAAAACUCAACAAACCAACACAGAAACUAUCACAUUGGAGCCAACCUUUUUUGAUACUUUUGAGGAAAGAAUAAAGACUUUCCCUGAAAUAAUAAAUUUCCUCUGGAAAUAAAACGGUUGACAGAAAAGUGAUCAAAACAUGCAUUAAAAUUGAGUUUAAUUGUUGACCUGCUGCAAGUGAACCGUUUCCAGUCAGCAUGGUGAAAAGAUAACCCCUGCUAUCAGCACACACCUCCCAGAAUAAUCACACUUCUUUUAUGUCUUCCCUCUAAUGAGUCUCACUGAAGGCCCUUCUCAUCUGUACUUAGCAGUUAAGUAUUUCAAGUGCUCUCUUUCUUGACUCUAGGCACGGUAUUUGGUAUCUUUUCUGUGCUGCUGAUUGUCACAGAAACCAGAAGUUUAGGCUUAGCACGUAUACCUCCUGAAAAUAGAUAUCUGGGGACUAAAAGAUAUGGCUGUAGCCUGUCAGAGGUGAGCUAAAAAUAAAAGACUUCCUUUCAAAAAGAAAUGAAUACCAAGGCCCUGGCUCUGAACUGUGCUUAAGCACAGUGCCAAGCAAAACCUGACUUAAGCCUGUGCUUUGCUUUAAGCAAACACUUAACAUGGAUUUGCAGAAUCAGAAUGGAUUUCAAUUUAAGCACAGGCUUAAGUGCCUUGCUGAACCAAGGUCCAAGUGCCUCAGUUGCUAUCUCGUUGUUUACAGUUCAUCUUGGCAUCUGUGUUGUAAUUUUAAAGAUAUACAAAGGUUAGUGGGAAUACUGAGGUAGCUUUGCUUAUUUUUAGGUGAAGCUGGCAAAUGUUAAGGGCUUUUAGGAAAAAGGUUUGUGUUGUUGUUUUUUUUGUUGUUGUUUUUUUAAACAGUCACAUUUAUAGCCUAACCCAGUAGGCUCUGCUGGCAGCAAGCAUCUUUCCCAGUUAUUUGGUACAUUCUAAAUGUGUGGCUCAUCACAUGGCAAAAAAUAUUUUCUCUCCACGGGAAUGCAGUGGAAGGGGAGUCAGACACAAGAGAGGCAUUCAGGAGAUAGCAAGCAUUUCAUUGAAACAACCAAGGAGAGGCUUUCAUCACGUAGACCCCUCUGCUUGAUGUUGGACAUGCCACUGAUUGGCACAGCAUUAUUUAUUUUCUUCACUUUGAUCAUAAAAUUACUAGGAAGGGCUUAAUGGAGUUAUAAAUAUCUUGUUUCCAUGAGAGUCCUGGGAAGACAAUUAUAGCACUGAAGUCUUUAACAGAGAUAGGGCAUUUGUGAAAUGGUAGUAUGUAAGGACUCCAAUGGGUAACACAGGGAAUUCUGCACUCUAUUCCCAGCUCUCCUGUUGACUCAUUGUGCGAAUCACUUCAUCCCUCAGUGAUUCAGUUUCCUCAUCUAUACAUUGGGGCAAUAAUGUUAAUUUCCCACUCCUGCAAAGUCUGUAUGGAUUCAAAGUUGUACAUAUUGCUCAUACUCAUCAGAGCUCUCAAGCCUGCUUUCUGGCACUCAUGGAUGUCUGUAAACCUUUGGAUAAGCUGUGUGCUUUCCUGAAUUGGAGCUGUCAUAUUUGUGUUACUGGUAAAUUACAUUACUUGCAGAGUUACAGUCAAAAUAUUAAGAAGAAAUAUUUUAAAUCUCUCACUUCACACUUUUUAACAUGCUGAUGAAACAGCUGUACCCUGGAAAUACUAUUUUUUUAAUUAUUUUUUUUUUAAAAUACAAAGCUUGGAAUUUAAGACUAUGGACACAUUUCUUGUUGAGCAAAAUAUAAUGUCCUUUCAUAAAACCAGCCCCUAUGGAGGAGUGUUACCUGGAAGGUUGUCUAGCAGCUUCCUGUGAGAUAGGAACUACAUCUAUGCUCUAAUAUCCUAAGUUGUGUCAAGCUUUUUUCACUUGUGUUCUGCUUUUACUACUUUAGAAAUUUUAUGCAUCAUCUUUUCCAAGUACCAAGCAGAGUACUGGACUAGCAAGCAUUGAAAGAGCUUCAUGUACAAGUACAUCGCAACUAUUAGUGUUAAAUCUUUGCAGGUUUGAAAAAGACAAGUGAGGAAGGAUUCAAGGCAAAUGAGCAAACAACAGGGCCUGAGCUCCAGUGGGAUACAGCCUAAAGGGAGUAACAUGGAUUUGGGAUAUGAAAGUGUGAACUUCUGUGCUGGAAUGGAGAUACUGCAUCUCCCACUGAUAGCACUGUAACCUCCCUGGCUGUGACUCCAAAAAGCUGCUGAUAAAUUUGAGAGAUGAGAGCUAACUCAGAAAUUUGAUUAAAAUGUUGCUAGGCCUGCCAAGCCUUGGAGUCAAUCUGUUUAGCUUCAAAAAUGGAAUGCUCAGAAGUUAUUGAGCACAGGCUGAGGAUACCAAAGUUCAAUAACAGAUGGGCCUUUGGAGCUUGCUCUAGCAUCACAGACUGAAGUGAAAACAAGCCAAUUCCCACUUGAAAUGAGGUAAAAAAAAUGCAGAUAAAUAAAUUGAAUUGUUUUACCAAGGACUGAAAUCACGUUUUUAUUAAUAGUUUUGAAAACAAAAUCACACAUUUUUCUGAAACAGAAGCUUUUGAUCUGGUCUAUAUGCAUUCCUGAGGUGGAGAGAGGAGGGAAAGGCAACCUGAUGACUUUUCAGCAAUCUGCAAAACAUAAAUCAGGCAAGUCUCAAGGCCUAUAUUCUGUACAAAGGCAGAAGACUUUCUGAGGGUGCAAGAGCCCACACAAGGCAGUCAUCAAAUUAGGUAACCACAGCUGACCAAAGAAGCCUAAAUCUAAGGAGGAGGAUCAUGUUCUUUACAAAGUGUAAUUAGGGAAUGGCAAGAUGUAGUGUUCACUUUUUCCUGAGUCCUUGCUCAGAGACAAUUACCAGUGAUUUCUGUGAACAUCUGACCCAAGGAAGAGUCAAGUGGGGCUCUGUGGAUGCAGUCCCUCAGCACGGGGUUUCCAGACUCCUUUGGCUGUGGGGUCUCACACUGGCAAAGUGUGCUCUAACCUGAAGACAGGGCUCUGUCACUCUCUCAUGCCAAAGGUCUCAAUCACAGCUAGACUUGAUUCUUUCAAAUUAAACACAAAAGUUCCACUGAGUUCAUAGUGUUGAGUUUUGUUACUGCUGACACAGAUCUGGAGGCAGUUUCAAGGCAUUGGCCUUUUAUCUGACCUUUAUUCUGAAAACUGUCACUGCCCAGAAAAGCAGUGUGUCCUCCUGUUUGCUUGAUACCAAAAGAAAAGCAAGUGCUCUCCUGUAUCGUGACAUGGCUGCCCAAGGGUGAUUCCCAGGAUAAAAUGAAUAGAUGAGCAGUGCAAGAUAAUUCAUUACAGCUCAAGAUAUUGCCUUUGAUGUUCUUCUUCUGUCCAAAUCUUGGUAUUAUCAUUUACUAUUUUAAGCUUGUUUAUGGAACUGGAAUACUACACAGAUUAAAAAAAAAAGGAUGAUUACAAGAAUGUUUUCAGGCAUUAAACCUGAGGUUUGAAGCUUUUUUUUUUUCAGAAAAUAAUAAACCAAAGAAUGUUUUAUUAUCUGAAAACCUGGCAACUGUUCUUUGCUAGCCAUGAACUGAAACCUAGCACCACUUCGUUAAAAGCCAGUCUCAUCACAAUGAUCUGGUUGUUCCUCAAAAUAAUAAAAAGACUUGAAUCAGCAGCA